AUGAAUGAGCAGGCUCCCGCCGCAGCGCAGCCGAUGAUGAUGAGCGCUUUGGCUAUAAAGCUCCCCCCUUUUUGGAAGACAGACCCCCUAGUAUGGUUUGCCCAAGCAGAAGCGCAAUUUUCUACACGAGGCAUUACCAGUGAGGCAACUAAGUACUCACAUGUAAUCGCAGCACUUCCGCAGGAAGUGGCGCAAGAAGUGCGUGACAUACUGAUAUGUCCACCUGAAAACAAUCAAUACCAAACGCUAAAGGAAAAACUAAUGGCCCGUGUUAGUGCGUCUGAGCAACGGCGCGUUCAGAUGCUUUUGACGGAGGAAGAGCUUGGGGACAGAAAACCCUCACAACUCCUCCGUCGAAUGGAGCAGCUAUUAGGCGACCAAACGCUAGAAAAGGGCAUUUUCAAACAGCUUUUUCUACAAAGGCUCCCUGUCAACGUCAAAUUAAUAUUGGCGUCAACUAGCGAAGCGUUAUCGCUGAGCGAUUUGUCGGAAUUAGCAGACAAAAUUCUCGAAGCACAGCCCGAAGGUUACGGCGCAAUAUCGGCUGUCGCGCAGAAAUCCGGAGAAGCCAAACCGUGUAAUGAUCUGGAAAAUCAAGUCAGUGAGCUUACUCGGUUAGUUAGGGAACUCACGACCGUUGUUGGAAACAUGCAGCGACGCCAAAGUCGUAGUAGGAGUCGUAGGGAUGACACAAGCGCCCGACGCGAUGCGCAGUCUACCGGUGCAGCAGCCGGCGAACUUUGUUGGUACCACAGCAAGUAUGGCGAUAAUGCUCAUCGCUGCCGUCCGCCGUGUGCGCACCAUACGGAAAACUAG